UUUCCGGAGGCAGCCGUUCGUUCACGUAGAGCGGUGGAUUUCCUCGCCGGGAGGGAGGAAAUGUGUUUCAGUUAAUUUUGCAGGUUUCUCGCGUUGUCAUUAGCAGUGCUGUUGCUACAGUAACGUUUUAAAGGGUAUUUUCGCGGGUACUUUGCGUUGUAUUUAACGGCAGCGUGGCAUAACGUUGCGAACUGCGAGGUUAGGCUUUGUCACCUGGCUGCAGCAGCUGACUCUGUGUGUUGCGGAGAGUGGAGGCAGUUGCCGAAAGAAAACAGGCAAUUGCUAGUUAGCAAGUCAGCCCGUUAGCUAGCUAGCGUCCUUCCUUACUGCCACAGCAAGUCCCUCCCUCACCAAGUGAGUGGACGUUGUAGGUUGCGACGGUGAAGUCGAGUGUUUUUUGUUUUUUCCCCUCCCUCUCCUAUCAACUUAAAGCCAGCAUCCUUGUACAGUUGGUUGGCACGGGAAAUAGCCCCCCCCCCAACAAAGGUUAGGUAGGUUACAAGACGCUAACGUAAAAUUGCUGGCUUUUUACUUUCGACAAGUGUCUUCUGUGGAGGGAUACAGAUCAUACCCUGGCAGAGAGAGAGUGGCUAAAAGAAGACUCGAAGUAAGAGAGAACAAGGAAGACACCGAGAAGAGGAGGGGACUGGCUAGUUUAGCCGGGGAGACUGAAUCCGCACACAGAUAACAAACCGAGCCACACACAGCCAUGAGUAUUGAGAUACCGGUGGGGUUGACAGAACUGCUGCAGGGCUACACUGUGGAGGUUCUCCGACAAAGGCCGUCAGACCUGGUGGAGUUUGCAGUACAGUACUUCACCCGUUUGCGGGACACCAGAAGUCAGGAUGGGGCCAGCACAUGUGGCAAGACGGGGAAAGGAGUCAUGUUUGAUGGCGAGCCGAUGCAAACAGAGUCCAAUGGAGAUGAUGAUGAAGACGAUGAUUCCGACUUUGAACCUCCCCCACCAAGCAGAUUCAACAGGAGAGUGUCAGUGUGUGCGGAAGCAUUCAACCCAGACGAGGAUGACGAGGACACUGAGCCCAGAGUGGUUCACCCCAAAACAGAUGAGCAGCGCUGCAGACUGCAAGAGGCCUGCCGAGACAUCCUGCUCUUCAAAACGCUAGAUCAAGAGCAGUUCUCACAGGUGCUGGACGCUAUGUUUGAGUUGAAGGUUAAACCACAGGAGCACGUCAUAGACCAGGGAGACGAUGGAGACAACUUCUAUGUCAUAGAGAGGGGUGUGUAUGACAUAGUGGUAUCAGGAAAAUGCGUGGGUCAGUAUGACAAUAAGGGCAGCUUUGGAGAGCUGGCACUCAUGUACAACACACCACGUGCUGCCACUAUUAUAGCCACCCAGGAUGGGGCGCUGUGGGGACUGGAUCGUGCUACAUUUCGUAGACUCAUUGUAAAGAACAACGCCAAGAAGAGGAGGAUGUACGAGUCUUUCAUUGAGUCUGUGCCCCUACUCAAAUCACUGGAGCCAACAGAGAGGAUGAAAAUAGUUGAUGUAUUAGGAGCAAAGCAGUUCACAGAUGGCGAACGCAUCAUCACACAGGGAGACAAAGCUGACUGCUUCUACGUUGUAGAAUCUGGGGAGGUCAAGAUCAUGAUGAAGAGUAAAACGAAGGCAGACCAUGCAGACAAUGCGGAGGUGGAAAUAACGCGCUGUACCAGGGGUCAUUACUUCGGGGAGCUGGCCUUGGUCACCAAUAAGCCCCGGGCCGCCUCAGCCUACGCAGUGGGAGAUGUCAAGUGUUUGGUAAUAGAUGUGCAGGCAUUUGAGCGCCUCCUGGGUUCCUGUAAGGAGAUCAUGAAGAGGAACAUCGCCCACUAUGAGGAGCAGCUGGUGGCUCUGUUUGGCUCUAGCAUGGACCUGAGAGACUGAGCCUCCCACACCACCCUCCGUGCCUUCUACUACAAACACACACUCAGACAGACAGACACAGACAUAUGUCCUCUCCCACAUCAUGCAGUGGCUAUAGAGACUCAUAAGCUUUACACAGAUGGUGCAAAUGCAUGAAAGUGUACUUGGCUCACCUCCAGGUAUAUAAAUCCUUCAGAGUAUGAACACCACACACACACUCCGUCACAACCCAACCACAUCCACACACCUGUCUAGGCACUGAGAGACACUCACUUAAGUCUGAAUCACCCUCGUGCAAAAACUAGCUCAACAGACCCCUUGUUAAGCUGACUUUGGUUAGAUACACACACACAUACAGAGCUAGCUGAAGGCCACAAACCUUGUUGCUUGAGCCAGCUUCAACCUUUCAGUAUGAAUGUCUUUGCUGCAGUGACCUAAAACAGGUAAAAGCAGUGUAAAGACAUACAGUACACAAGCACUCCAGAUACACACAUUGGAAAAACACACCUCCAUGCUUCAUAUUUGCAGGCUUUGCAUUCACGUGAGCACUUAAAACAACUACAAGUUGUUCCAAGCCUCAGCCAAGGACACAUCAACACACAGACACACACACACACACACACAGGGUUACAGGGGUACAUCACAUAGGCAACCACAGUUGCAAAAACAUACACUGUGGUAAAAUGGAGAUGAAAAACUUCCCUGAAAAGGAAAACAAUUCAUAAAGGCAAAAAAAAAAAAAAAAAA